UUACAACAAACCGCUGCUGCACUCACUUCCGGGUCCGGAGGCAAUAGCGGUACAAACAUUAGGUCACGUGUGGUGCUCCUCCUUCACGUCUUUUACGUCCCGGAACUGACCGAAGCAGUGAGACGUGCACCAUGGGUCGCCUCGACGGGAAAGUGAUUGUCUUGUCAGCCGGCGCUCAGGGGAUUGGACGUGCUGCAGCAAUAGCGUUCGCAAAGGAGGGAGCACAAGUCACGGCGACGGACAUCAACGGAGAGAAGCUGAAAGAGCUGGACGGCAUUGCAGAACCAAAGAGCUCUCUCUCUUCACUAACAGGGAUCAAGACUAAGGUGGUGGAUGUGACGAAGAAGGACCAAGUUGAAGCCCUAGCGAAGGAACAUGACCGCGUGGAUGUGCUGUUCAAUAUUGCUGGGUUUGUGCACCACGGCUCCAUCUUGGACUGCGAAGACGCUGACUGGGACUUCACCAUGAACGUGAACGUUCGGAGCAUGUACCUCAUGAGCAGGGCGUUCCUGCCCAAGAUGUUGGCAAGGAAGUCCGGAAACAUCAUCAACAUGGCAUCGGUUGCAUCAAGCAUUAAAGGUGUCGUGAACCGGUGUGUCUACAGUACCUCCAAGGCCGCCGUGAUCGGGCUCACCAAAUCUAUAGCGGCCGAUUUCAUUGAGCAAGGCAUUCGCUGCAAUUGUGUCUGUCCUGGUACUGUUGAUACUCCAUCACUGAGGGGUAGGAUUGAGGCCCAACCUGACCCAGAGCAGGCUUAUAAGGAUUUUAUGGCACGGCAGAAAACUGGCAGAAUGUGCACUGCUGAGGAGGUGGCGUACCUGUGCGUUUACCUGGCCUCAGAUGAGUCUGCCUAUGUGACGGGGACGGAGCAAAUCAUAGAUGGAGGAUGGAGACUCUGAGGAAACGGUUUUAUGCUCAGGCCAUUUCGAAGAAGAAGAACGAGUUGAUCAUUUUGUUUAAUUUUGCAUGCUAUUCCAUUGAUUCUGUGGGAAACAAUCGCCAAGUCCCUGCUGGAUUUCUAUGUAUAGCCACGUUGCAAUAUGUUGUCUGGAAUUGUAAUAAAUGGACUUAAUCACGCGGGCACCGCCUUAUUAGAAAUUAAUAAUUCAUGUAAUAUUUCACAAAGCAAUCUGGUCAUGUGGACAAUGAUGAAAUAUGUUUACACAUCAAAUAAAACGUCUUCUUCACCGAUA